UCCCUCUCUCUCUCUCUGCCACCUUCUUCUAUAUUUCUCUCUCCUUAUCCUUUUUGAAAUAUAUAUAUGUGUGGGGGUGCUUGUGUUAUGUGGCCUUUUCUCUCUCCUGGCGAACGUUUUGGGAUGGUUUUUGUUUGCUCGAGUUUAAAUUGCAUUUUGUGCCUGUGAUUGGGUUGAUUUCCUCGCUGGAUCUGAUUUUUGUUGCAGAUCUGGGGAUGUGUUGUUUGUUAUGUGUUCCAGAUCUGUUUCAUUUUGGGGAAGAUCGUCGGGAAUCUUCGUUUCUAGGGUUUUUGGAAAAUAACUUCUUCCCUGAUUGGAAAGGAUCUGUUUGGAUUUGUAGAAUGGGAAUCGAUGGAUCAAUGAAUGACGAUCAUGGACGACGACAGCCUCCGGAAUUGGGGAUAUUACGAGCCUCCGAUCAAAGGCCAUCUCGGCCUCCAGCUCAUGUCAUCUUCCUUACCCGACCGCGACACAAAACCCUUCCUAUCCGCGCGAGACAAUCCCUUAAUGGUUUCAGCCAAUGGGGCCUUCCACCCCCGUGAUUGCAUUGUCACCGAUCCACCGGUGACACAAAUCGAUCUCGUCAGAGAUAGCUGGAUGAACCACAGAGAUAAGUUCUUGCACAUGUUCCCUGGGAACCAGUACGAUUCUGUUCUGGCUGAUCCGGCGGGAGGCCAUCAGUCAUUGCAGAUGGUCCACCAGCCGGAAACUGCAAAAGAAGCCGAGUCGAGCAUGGAGGAGCCAAUUGUUAAGAAAGAAGGCGGUACUGCAAAGAAGAGGGCAUCUGCUGCAACUCCAAAGACUCCCAAAGCUAAGAAGCCCAAGAAAAGUCCUGUCCCGAAGGAGAAGGGUAAUCCGUCUGGACAGAGGGCAAAAAUGUCCAAAAAGAGCGUGGAGGUCGUUAUAAAUGGAGUCGACAUGGAUAUAACUGGCAUACCGAUUCCUGUUUGCACGUGUACGGGUGCUCCCCAGCAGUGCUACAGAUGGGGAUGCGGUGGGUGGCAGUCAGCGUGCUGCACCACGACUAUUUCGAUGUACCCGCUGCCCAUGAGCACCAAACGGCGCGGAGCUAGGAUAGCGGGGAGGAAGAUGAGUCAAGGUGCAUUCAAGAAGGUUCUGGAGAAGCUCGCCUCGGAAGGGUAUAACUUUUCUAACCCGAUUGACUUGAAGCCCUACUGGGCGAAACAUGGUACCAACAAGUUUGUGGUGAUUCGGUAGAGAGCAGCCAUUAAUGGCGUCGAAGCCAGGCUACUGCUGCCCUAUAUCACCACAACUGUUGUAUAUAUUCCGUCGUUGUUGUUAUACAUUAGAUGCUUACUUUGUAAACCCGCCCCUGAAUUUUUUUUUCGUACUCAUGAGAUGGGCCUUAAUUACUUUCUCGAGCGCUGGAUACGGCGCGAGCAUGAUUGUGUCGAAUCCGGUGCUCCCGUUUUUUCUAUCUAGAGGCUAGCGUGACGACAUUGAUUUAUUCGGGAUGAAGUUCUGUGUUUCAUGAGCGCGUUUUUAUCAAAACUUUACAUCCA